AUGUUGGCAAUUCUGGGAGUUCCUGUUGCAGUAAUGGUUCUUUUUGUGGUCUCCAUUGUGUAUUGGUUGGUAAUGAAGAAGAAAAGAGGGAAGAGGCAAAGCACAGAUUCAUAUGAAUCUAGUGCCUGUCGUGUACCAAGCUUAGAAGACUCUACAAGUAGAAGGAACCAUGAUGGAACUGGAAGAGAUUCAAAUUUGCCAGUAUUUGAUCUAAAAAACAUUAUUGCAGCCACAAAUAAUUUCUCUGUUGCUAACCUACUUGGUAAAGGUGGCUUUGGCUUAGUUUAUAAGGGUUUGCUAAAAAAUGGAAUGGAAAUAGCUGUGAAAAAACUAUCAAAAAACUCAAGACAAGGAAUAGAACAGUUCAAAAAUGAAGUUGUGCUAAUUGCUAAACUCCAACACAGGAACUUGGUGAGAAUUUUAGGUUGUUGUGAUCAAGGAGAAGAGAAGAUGUUAAUUUAUGAGUAUUUGCCAAACAAUAGUUUGGACUCUUAUAUUUUUGAUGAAACAAAAAGGUCAUGGUUAGAUUGGGGAAAAAGAAUUGAGAUUAUUUGUGGAAUUGCUCGAGGGAUCUUAUAUCUUCAUCAAGACUCAAGAUUAAGAAUUAUCCAUAGAGAUUUAAAGGCUAGCAAUGUUUUACUUGACAUUGCAUUGAAUCCAAAAAUUUCAGAUUUUGGUAUGGCUAGAAUCUUUAGUGGGGACCAAAUUGAAGCCAAUACAAAUUGUGUUGUUGGAACAUUGUAAGUGGGUUAAAGA